CCCAAUUUAACAUUCCAUCUUAAAUCACCCAAUUAUCAAACCACCCAAAUACCUCAAUCGACCGGAGAAGAGGAGAAGAGCAGAGAAGAGAAGACGACAUCGCUCUCUUUCCAGUCUCAGCUCGUCGGCUUCUCCAUUCCCUCAUCCCCCUCUCCGCGGAAUCCAGUCCUCCGGUGUCCGCUGCUUCUGGCGGGAGAGAUUCCGUCAGCUGAGCCGCUUCGCAUUUUCGCUGCUUCCCUGUUUCUGUUCAAUCCGGCUGGUCCGACCGUAGAUUCCCUGCGUCGGUUCACGUCUACGAAGAUGUUUGAGGAGAAGAUAUUUGGGAACGGUGCCAAUCAUGGGGAAAGAAAACUUGAUAAUACCCACGAUGACGAGAUUAAGGUUGACUCCAGGAAGCCAGCUACACUAACUCGGCAAAGAAAGAUAAACAGCGAAUGCAGUCCCUCCUUGGAGUUCAAUCUGACGUUUCAAGAAAAAAUGCAUUUGGCUCCAAUUGGUUUCCGGCUAUGGCAUUAUGUCCGAGCGGAAGCUGCCAAGGGGAAGGGGGUUUUCAUCAACCCUGGCUUCCUCUCAUGCUGUUCCUCUUGGUUGGAUUGGUUCCAGAAGUAUCAGAAAAAGUUUUGGUGAUGCAUUGGUGGUGUCUCUGCUGUAAAUAUUGGUAUUUGUGCUAAAGAAGACGCAGCUUUUAACAUUGCUUGCAGCUGUGCAACCAUCGGGUUCAGAGCUGGAACAGAUUAUAAGAUGAUAUCCACAGGAUUGUGACUUAGAUUUUGGUGGGCCCUGAAAGAGUUCAUGUUCUGACAUAUUAGAUGUGACUUGGAUUAUGAUUACUUGGAGACUGCUCUAGUAAUUCUUCCAUAGGAUAGGGAAGAAUAGUUGCCAUCAGAGUUUUUGCAUAUUUAUGUAUUCAAAUGAGCAUUUAGCCGAGCCGAGCACUGAUCAUGAUGCUUACCGCCCUCAAAACUUUCAGUUCCAGAAGUAUCAGAAGAAGUUUUGUGAUGCAUUGGUGGUGUCUCUGCUGUAAAUAUUGGUAUUUGUGCUAAAGAAGACGCAGCUUUUAACAUUGCUUGCAGCUGUGCAACCAUCGGGUUCAGAGCUGGAACAGAUUAUAAGAUGAUAUCCACAGGAUUGUGACUUAGAUUUUGGUGGGCCCUGAAAGAGUUCAUGUUCUGACAUAUUAGAUGUGACUUGGAUUAUGAUUACUUGGAUACUGCUCUAGUAAUUCUUCCAUAGGAUAGGGAAGAAUAGUUGCUGCCUGAAGAUUUUUCUGUAUCGAUGCUGGCAGAGAGCAUGUGUGGAAUCUGUGAUUCGGGUAAUUCCCCUGACAAGAGUUGCUACUAACGUUUUCAGUGGUGUGGUCACCAGCUGCCUGGUUGCUCUAUUGAUACCGGUCGGCUACUCUGCAUUCUUUACUCAUUUUACUUCCGCGCUCCGUAUUCAUAGUCGGGGGUACAUCCAGCUUAACUAUUUUAGUGGUACUUGGAUCAUACGGAUCACAUUUAUCUUGUUUGCCAUCUGGUGGGGUUGGGGUGAGAUUAUUAGGUUAAGCUUGUCAAGACGUGAGGGGAAAGUUUUGGAUGCUCUCAAUUUCAAAUGGCAGGAGGCCGUCUGCAAGGGCUACAUUGUCUCAUAUCUGGGGUUUACGGAACCAUGCUUAUCCUUACUCUGGUCUUCCUCCUUCGGGCACUUUUAGAGAAGUUGGACUUGGGAAUUUUGAGCCGAAAGUGGAAUGCCAGAACAGCAUGUUAUAUAAUACGAUUCUGCUUCCCAGUGUUUGCUCUUCAGCUCUUUAUUAUUCUAGUUGGACCACAGCUGAGCUAAGUAAAGAGUUCUGGGCAAGACUUGCCGCACUAUUUCACCAGUGCUAUGAAUAGGUCUGACCAUAUCAGUCUCUGCACCUGUCCUUUGCUGAGUACCAUCUUCCUUGGUCUUUUUGCUGUUGUCCUCACCGCUUAUUUGUUUUGGUUGGGGAGGCAGACUCUGAAAUUGGUUCUUAAUAAGGGUUUGUGGAAAAGGGUAAAGACACUGAUAGUCUCAGCGUUGAGUUUCCUACCCUUAAGGGUUCUCUUGCUCAGUGUGUCUGUGCUGUCCAAGCCAGAGCAUAUUCUUUUAAGAGUUGUGUGGCUGUGUACAUAUGCAUGCUCGUGUACUACCCUGUGGCGGAUUCUUUGGCUCUGGGUAAUGUUCUAGACUUGGAAUCUCGAAGAAGAGCCAAUGGGGAUUAUAACGAGACCUAGUCUCUCUUGUCUAAUCGGAGCAACCUCGAUAUGAGAUUCAGUAAAAAGGGUUUUCAGGAAGAUUGAGAGAGAUCUAUUUUUACGGAAAAUAAGGGCCUAUGCCUCACUCUGUUCUGCAAUUGCCUCUCAAGGGAACUGAUCCGCUCUUCAAGCUCAGCAUUCUUGUGCUCUGCUGCUACGAGAACGGUCUUGAGCUCGAGCACUCUAGCAGCUGUACUGGUAGAGGUAACGGUGGUUGUUUCAGCAGUAGUAGAGGUAAUACCAAAUGCAGGGGCAGGAGUGGUCGAGGGGGUAUGUGACGAAGCCGGAGUUGUAACCUCAGUUGACAAAGAGAAGCUUGGAACAGAGCUGGUGGUCCCUGAAGAAGCAGUAGAGGAAACCACACCAAAAGCGGUAAAUGAGCCAGUAGUAGCAGCCAAAGCUUCUGAUGAUGAACUCGCUACCAAUGAUGCAAAAGACGCGACUAAAGCAGAGGUACCAGCUGCUGGUGUUGAUGCACUCGUGGUGGUGGUAACCGUUGAGAAGCUAGAGGCAGGGGAAGAAGCGAAUGAGAAAGAUGUGGAUUUUGUGGCUGGGGCUCUGGAGGCAGCUGUCGCAGGUGCUGAGGAUGCUGUAAUGCUAAACCCGAAAGAGGAUUGCCAAAAUUUGACAUUUUUUUAAUGUAGCUGACGUGCUGCAUUCUUUUGUUUUGCAUGUUCUUGUCAUCAUGACGUUAUUCAAAUUAAGGAGCGAUGAUAAUGGUACUCGAAGAGCGUUCUUCCGGUGAGUCUCUAGCUUCCUAUUGAUGAUAAUGGGUGUAAGAUGCUACACCAACCUGUUGGCUUGCAUGCGAGGAAACGGUCUAGGAUCUGUUGCAGAUGAUGCAUCUUGGAGAACAUUUGCUCGACUUUCAUUUCACGGACUGGCGUGGCCUUGUGGGAGGGUUGGUGAGCCUCUUCUUCUUCGUCAUCGAGUCCGAACGUACUCCUCUUCCCUCUCCUUCCCUGCAUCCUGUAGUCCAGCCUCUCAUCGAGAUACAGGGCGAAUGUGCGGACGAAUGCUGAGUAGUCCCAGGCGUCGGACCUCGAAGUGUCUCGGAAAUCAGACAUGUUGAGGAGGCGGGUCCCUCGCCUCGUCGAGAAAAAGAUUUCCUCCUCAUACGCAGGGUCGCCAUCGGCCAGCAACCGAUGGAUCAACACGAGGGACUUGAGCGCCACCACCCAAUUCUUGGUCUUACUGAGGCGCCUAGAGAGAGUGUUGACGCAGGCGCUUAUGUGGGCACGGGAGUAGCACGUCAAGCUCAGGAUCUCACGGAUGUGCCUCUCGUCCGCUGGGAACUCCUCGUGACGAGUCGCCUUGACGAUGGCCACGUCAAGGUCCGAGAGGGAACUGCUGUUCCCGACUUUUGCAAGGCUGAUGCUGGUCUGGUCCUUGACAGCCCCGAUGGCUUUUCGCAAUUUGCUCGGAGCCAUUUCUUUCGUUUUGUUUUAGCUUUUCUUACCGAACGUGACGAUGUUUAGCAGAAGAGGAGGAAGGAGAAGAAAUUAAAACGUAAUAAGGAGAGCUGGUCAGACUAAGAAGGUGGCGUUGACGUGAUUUAGGGGAAAGGGAAAAGAACCGGCCAUUAACGGUCAAUGAAAUUUAGUUUCUCCUCUGUUUCUUC